AUGGGGAAAAAGCAUAAUACAUUGCAACUCUUGGGUUUCAUACAGGUGACUUCUCCCGGUGGUAAUACAGUGCAUACAUCGAAGGGUACAUCAGGGGACAAGUUUGAUUUCAAGGCUCCACGAAGUGGAAUGUACAAAUUCUGUUUCCAUAAUCCUUAUUCAACACCUGAGACUGUAUCUUUCUACAUACAUGUUGGCCAUAUCCCCAAUGAACAUAAUCUUGCUAAAGAUGAACAUCUGGACCCCAUAAAUGUCAAAAUUGCAGAACUAAGGGAGGCCUUGGAGUCUGUCACAGCUGAGCAGAAGUACCUGAAAGCACGUGACACACGACAUCGUCAUACGAAUGAGAGCACCCGAAAGAGGGUUAUUUUCUACACACUUGCAGAAUACCUUCUUCUGGCUUGCGCAAGCACAUUCCAAGUGAUGUUCAUCCGCCGUUUGUUUAGCAAAUCAGUUGCAUACAACCGGGUUUGAGAUAAACGACCCAAUCGAUAUUACUUGUAUCUGUCUAUUUAAUGACUCAGUUUCUGUAGGUUUUUUCUCCAAGAGAACUAGAAAAAUAUAUUUUAUCUUUUUUAUCUAUUUAACAAGGUGAUGUCUUCAAUCUUGUUUCCUCGACUGGGACUCUUUUCUUAUUUAGCUGCUUACCUAUAAUCAAAUGAGAAGAUCAUGCCUGA